UACAAUGUGAUUACUUCCAGUGUGUUUGUUUUUUCUUGUUCUUGUGCUGGAGCAAACUAAGCGCAAUUGAUAAAAUCCAAAUAAAUAUCAAAAUCAUGGAUAUCCUCAAAGCAGAGAUUAUAAGAAAAAGGAAACUUCUUGAAGAGAAAGAGCUUGUUGGUGAGUCAAAGAAAUGUUUCAAACGGUCUGAACUUGCCCGAAAAGAGGAAGAAGAAUAUUAUAAAAGAUGUGGAUACAAGGUUGAUAAUGUGAAGCCAACAGGACAGAUGGAGAAGCCAGAGGAGGCGGAACCCUCUACCUCGUCCAAUCCUGUGCUGGAGCUGGAGCUGACUGAGGAGAAGCUGCCCAUGACUCUCUCCCGACAGGAGGUGAUCAGGCGCCUGCGGGAACGGGGGGAGCCCGUUCGCCUCUUUGGGGAAUCCGACUACGAGGCCUUCCAGCGCCUGAGGAAAAUCGAGAUCCUGGCUCCUGAAGUGAACAAGGGCUUAAGGAAUGAUCUGAAAGCUGCCAUGGAUAAGAUUGACCAGCAGUACCUGAAUGAAAUCGUGGGUGGACAGGAGGCAGGGGAGGUGGACACACAGCAUGACCUGAAGGUCCACGAGGAGAACACCACUAUCGAAGAGCUGGAGGCCCUCGGAAAGUCUCUGGGAACUGCAGAUGAUCAUGAUAGAGACAUGGAUAUCAUUAACAAAGUGUUAAAGUUCCUCCUGGGGGUGUGGGCCAAGGACCUGAACAGUCGAGAGGACCACGUGAAGCGCAGCGUCCAGGGCAAACUGGCGAGCGCCACGCAGAAGCAGACCGAGUCCUACCUCAAACCGCUAUUCAGGAAACUACGCAAGAAGAGUCUUCCUGCAGACAUUAAAGAAUCGAUCACAGACAUCAUCAAAUUCAUGCUUGAGAGGGAGUAUGUCAAGGCCAAUGAUGCCUACCUGCAGAUGGCCAUAGGGAACGCCCCCUGGCCCAUCGGAGUGACCAUGGUGGGCAUCCACGCCCGUACCGGGCGAGAGAAGAUCUUCUCCAAACAUGUGGCUCACGUCCUCAAUGACGAGACCCAGAGGAAGUACAUCCAGGGACUGAAGCGGCUGAUGACCAUAUGUCAGAAGCACUUCACCACCGACCCCUCCAAGUGUGUGGAGUACAACGCCCUCUGACCUCCUGGCCUGGUCCCUUCUCCUGUGUCUGUGUGCGAAAUCACACUGAAGCAUCUCAAAGGCGUCUGUCUGCAUUGCAGUUUCAUGCCAGUGUUACGGGGACUCGGUGUCUGUACAGCCUCUCUUGUAUCGUUUCGAACAUGUAUAUACUUUGAACUCUCCACGGACGUGUAGACUUUGUUCCUCAUCUUCCCGCAACUUUCCCUGAAUUACGGGACAGACAAGGAAAUGUUCCUUUGUUUAACUACAAGGGGGUAACCACCUUUGUUUUCAUUGAGGGAAGUAUGGAAACAGACCUGGUGCAUUAUUAAAACAGUGUGUGUAAGUUUUAUUAUGCAGCAUCUGGCUGUUUGAGUAUGUUGUAAUGAAUGCAAUGAACAGUAUUCAUUGCGAGUUUAAAUUGGUCGCACAUAAACAGCAGUAUACAUUCAUUUCAUUAAAUUGGAAACUCACAGUGACCCUUUUUCCUAUAUUGAAAUGUUUAGUGCUGGGUAUAGAAUAUGGCUUGGUUAUUUAAUGUUGAUGAUCUCUUUUUAAACAGUAAAAUGUCACUUGGCCACACA